AAUGGCAAAGCUAUUAUAUCACGUUCCAAGUUUCGAUAUAGAAGGAACGAUUCAUGGCGCCAUCUAUUCUCUAAAAAAAUUAGGAAGGAACGAAAUUUGUGGAAAUAAGCUAUUGCACCCUAAAAUUGGUUGCGAAGUUGAUUAUGACGGCUGUGAGAUGAAACAUUUAGCCGUUCUUUCAGGAGUUGUCUUUCUUCUUGCAGAUACUUUUGCAAUCACGAGUAUACUUAUUCCUAAUUGGAUCAAAAUGCAUUCGAGCGAAGGUGAAACUAGAAUAGGUUUCUUUUACAUUUGCAUUCGAAAUACAAUGAAUUACGAAGAGCAAUGCUUUCUCCAUUCAUUAUUGUGUCAGGCCUGGGCUGUUGCCUUAUUAGCAAUUAUCUUUGGAAUUAUUCUCAUAACACUUACGAUAGGGUUAAUAAUAGCUUCAUGCUUUAAGUACGAAGUAAUAAACACGGCGCGCUGGUUUGGAUUUAGUGCUACUGUUUGCUUUAGCAUAGCUGCAGUUGUUUUUCCCCUUGGUUUCGAUAUGGAACUAAUAGGUGGAAGAGCGUAUCAAUUACCAAAGAAUUAUUCUGCAGGAAUAUCAUAUAUCAUUUUUAUAUUCGCUCAAUGGAUAACUGUGAUAUCUGAACUAUUAGCUGGAAAAGUUUGUCUUAGCAAUUAUUAA